GGAUGCAGUGUAGACCUGUCCAUUGGCUGGUAGACACCGGUCGGUUCUCUUUUCGGUCUGAGACGACGCCGAUGUCCGAUGAGACCGAGAGGGUAGAAAGACACGCUCGCACCCGCUCGUCCUUUUAGUUACCUGUCCUCAGGUGCGUCAUGCGGAUUCGACGCGGUUCCACCGAUACGUUUAAGUGAACAUACAGAGCAGUGCGCAGGAACAUAGCACGUGCGGUAUCGUGACACGAUGAGGUGAUAAACUGUGUGUUGUGCCAGCGCACGAGAUCUCGGAGCGACUUUGGAAGGUGACGAUGUGGACGAUUUUGCUGUUACUAAUCUCCACGUGGUCUUCGUCAUGGAGUCAGGUGAUAAACAGGGCGCCCCAUUUCGUUCAAGGUGGAGAUAUGGCCAGGUUGGCUGUAUCGGAGGGCACACCGCCUGGUGCUCCUGUUUACACCCUUCAGGGAGAAGAUCCUGAAGAAUCUAAAUUGCAUUACUCGAUCAGCGGCGAAUACUUUACCGUCAACAGAGAGACCGGUGUCGUGAUCCUGAGGAAAGCCUUAGAUAGGGAGGCGCAAGAUCUCAUCGAAGUCAUCAUUAGUAUAACAGACGAAGGUGUCGCUGGAUCGGAACCAAACACGGUGUCUCUUCGUCGCGAAAUAGCGGUGCUCGACGAAAACGAUAAUCCACCGGUGUAUCAUGAUCGUCCAUACGCGGCCAGGGUGCCGGAAAGCGCGCACGUGGGUGAUCUAUUGCUGCCUUCGAAUACGAUCAUCAUCACGGAUCAAGAUGGUGGUGUCAAUGCCGAUGUUCAUGUGCAAUGCGUCGCGGCAUCGCGCGACGAUGACGUUUGCGAAGUCUUCGACAUUACUACAGAAAAGCUCGCCGAGGGCAAAUAUGAUGUUCAGAUCACGCUAGCAAAACCGUUAGAUUACGAGAGGAGGAACUCGUAUUUGAUUAAUUUACUAGCUGUUGAUGGAGCUAGUGAUCCGUCAAAAAGAUUGCAGGCUAGAGCGACCGUUGCCGUUGAUGUUCUCGACGUUCAGGAUCAGCCACCCAUUUUCCUGAAUGCGCCUUACAGCGCGGCGCUUCCGGAGAACACCGUAGCUAGUCACACGGUUCUGAUAGUGCGAGCUCGCGACGGCGACACGGGUCAAUCUAGGAAUUUACUGUUAACAUUGGAGGACGAAGACGCGGGCCAUUUUGAUCUCGAGAUGUCUCGCGACGGUGAUGUAACCAUCGGCAAACUGGUGACGACCAAUGUAUCUCUCGAUCGCGAAGAUCCCAGGAUUUUGCAGAAUGGCGGUAUCUAUACCUUCCAAGUCAAGGCCACUGAGCUGAUCAAUAACGAGAUACCAGCCGACAUCGCGACGUCGAUCGUCACGAUCGUUGUGACGGACGUGGACGACCUCGUGCCCGUUUUCAAUGAGGAUUACUUUAGCAUCAAGAUCUCCGAGGAUAUUGGAAAGGACACUCCUCUGCCAGGUCUGAAUAUGAUUGUGAGCGACGGCGACGUGGGCGACAAUGCAAAGUAUUUCCUGGCGUUACGAGAUGUGCCGAGAUAUUCUGGAAUCAGUGAAGCAUUCACCGUCAGUCCCGAGGAAGCUCAGGGUCGAGUACCAGUAGUGAUCAAGGCUAAGGACGUUAAUGUUCUCGACUACGACGUUGACGACUCCACAAAAAGAGAACUCGAAUUUGAUGUUGUCGCGACCGUAGCCAGCGAAGUGGUGGCAACCUCCAGGGUGCACAUUCAGAUUUUAGACGCCAAUGAUCACAGUCCUGAGUUCUCUCAGUCAGUCUACAAACUGGUAGUCUCGGAAGACGCGGAACCCGGCACUCGUUUCGGUGACGUUUACGCCAAGGAUUAUGACAGCGGUUCCUUCGGCGAGUUAACAUACACAUUGCGAGGUUUCGGCGCGGAUAAGUUUAGAACCGAUUCACAGGAGGGCGGGAUAUUUGUGGCGAAGAAACUGGAUUACGAGGUGCAAAAAUCCUAUUCUUUAACGAUGGAGGCAAAAGACGGCGGUGGUCGAGUAUCCGCUGUCAAUAUCCUCAUCGAGCUCGAUGAUGUUAACGACAAUAAGCCGGUGUUCGAGCAAGCGGAGUAUUCUAGGACAGUUCGCGAAGAUGCUACAAGCUUCGAUCCACAAAUGUUCGUCCGGGCGACCGAUGUCGAUGGACCGAUGCAGGGUAACGGAAGAAUCUUGUAUUCGAUCAGCCGGCAUAAUAGUAUCACAGAUGAUGUCUUCAAGAUUAAUCCAGACUCAGGUGAAGUAACUAUAUCGAAACCGGUUCGUUCCGGAGACACCGAAAGAGGCAUUUAUGAAUUAAUAAUCCACGCGACGGAUGUUGGAGCACCGCCAUUGUACUCCGAGGCAAAGCUAUUCGUUCGCGUUGGUGUUCCCGGUAAUCAGAAACCCAUCUUUCGAGGAAAUUACAAGUCGAAUCUACCAGGUCCCAAUACAUAUCGAGCGAGACUUUUGGAAAACGCGUCUCCCGGAACGGAAGUGAUUCGGGUGGUCGCGAAUGAUCCCGAUGGAAGAGACAACCUGUUGCAAUAUUACAUCGCAUCCGGUUCUAAAGAUAAUUUUGUCAUCGAUUCUAGUUCUGGCAUUAUAACUGUAUCACCUGAUGCCCGGUUGGAUUUGGAGACCGGUGGUGAAAAAUACGAGGUCAUCGUAUACGCCGUUGAUUCUGGUACACCUGUCAAGGAAACUGCUACUACUACUGUGACAGUGAACAUUAUAGAUGUAAAUAAUAAGCCACCGACGUUUAACGAAUCAACAUAUCUGGUCUAUGUUUCGGAACGUGCGAGCAUCGGUGAGCCUGUAUUAAAGGUAGUCGCGACUGAUCCCGACACGGACGCAUAUUUGGAGUAUUCUCUAGUGGAACCGAUAAAAGCUGUCGAUAAAACUGGCGUGGCCUUGAAGAGCACGAUUUCUUACGAUUACAAAACGGCAUUUCGUAUAAAUUCCACUACUGGUUUAAUAACCGUUAACCGGAUGUUGGAUUAUCAAGUGGCCGCUGUUGUAAUUUUAACGGUGCAAGCGCGGGAUUUAAAUGCUCUCGUUAAUAAAGAUGAGCAAGAGGCAAAAGUGGAGGUGACUAUCUACAUUCAAGCUUACAGCGACGACAAUCCGACGUUCACGAAUCCUGGAUGGUCGCCGAACAAUCCGACGAUAAAGAUCACAGUUCCGGAGGAACAACCCUUGGGCACAACGCUAUUGAUGUUAUCGGCGAAAGAGCCGACGACCGGAUAUCCGGUUCAGAGGUUCGAAUUGGUGAGAGAGAAUGAUGACGAAAGUUACGUCAAUGUAGGCGUUCAGAGUGGCAAUGUCGUACUAAGCAAGAGACUGGAUUACGAAACGCUGAAUCAGAAGUUUAUUCGUUUCAAAGUGCGAGCACUCGCUAAAGAUUACGAUAUUACACGAAAGAUGUCAGAGGCCAAUGUAAUUGUCGAAAUUCAUGAUACUAAUGAUAACAGUCCAGUUUUCAGUCAAAAGGACUAUAAGAUUUCCGUAUUGGAGUCGGCAAAGCCUUCGAAAAUCGUGCUUAAUGUGAAAGCGACGGAUAUGGAUAGUUCAAAUACUGAACAGGAAAUUCAAAGAGGAUAUGGUGAAGUCAGAUACUCCUUGACGGGUGAAAAUGCCAAUCUUUUCGAGGUGGAUCCUAUAACGGGUAAUAUCCAGAUCGCUGUGAACACGACCCUCGAUAGAGAGAGACAAUCGGUGCUUCGUUUUUACGUCGUGGCAUCGGACAUGCCGCAAGGUGGAGCCGAGCAACGAAGCAGCCGAGCCUUGGUGACGAUCGAUGUCCUCGAUGUGAAUGAUAAUGCUCCUAACUUCGAACAGGAAUCGUACACCGCGGUGAUACCGGAAAACGCGCCGGUGAGAAUCAGCGUGGUGAACAUCACUGCUACCGAUCCGGAUGAAGGUGAAGGCGGGAUGAUUUAUUUCGAAAUUAUCGACGAGGGUGAGGCCAAUGGACUAUUCAAAAUAAAUCAUACGACCGGCGAGAUUUACUCGGCACGAGCAUUGACAGGCAAAGGAAGGACCGAACCGUACAAUAUGCGAAUAAGAGCGCAGGAUGGCGGAGAUCCGGCCUUAAAUUCGGACGCGAAUCUUAUUCUGUACAUUGGAGACGUGGUGAGCAACGAUGGCGUGCCGCUGUUUAUCCGGCCGACGUUAGAAGAAGUAGCCUACAUCGCGGAAAACUCUACGAUCAGCAGUCCAGUUUUCCAAGUAGUGGCGUCCGAUCCCGACGAUCCAAAUCUACCGAAUGGCAGGAUCACCUUCCGCUUCUUAGAAGACGGCAAUUUUGGCAAAGACGCGAGCGCCUUUAAAAUCAACAGUGACACCGGGUUAAUCAGCACGCGAAAAUUACUCGAUCGAGAGACCAAGGACAGCUACACGCUGAUCCUGGUCGCUCAAGAUCUUGGCGAGCCGCCGCAACAGGCGACUAGGGUACUUCAAGUCAUCGUGAACGAUAUUGAUGAUCAUAAGCCGCACUUUAAACGCAAUCUUGACAGUCCGCCUAUCGAGUUGAACGUUCCGGAAGAGAUGCCGGUGGGCACUAAGGUCGGUGUGAUCGAAGCGAUCGAUGAAGACAUUGGUGAAAAUGGAAUGAUCGAUUAUGAAAUAGUAUACGGGAACGAGGCGAGUCUCUUUCUAGUGGAGCGAUUGGAGAAUAAUUCCGCCGUUAUCAAAUCAAAUGGUCGUCUUGAUCGAGAAACCACUGAGUUUCAUUUAUUGACCAUCAAGUGUUUCAAAUACUCUUCCAAGAAGUCGGACGUGGUGCCGAAACCGUACAACAGACAGGAUCCUUCGGAGAGACAGGUUCUUGUCAGAGUACUGGACAUUGAUGAUAAUAAGCCACGUUUCAAGAAAGACAAUGUGACUUUAGGAGUGCGCUUGAAUGUGCCCAUCGACACGAGUCUGAUCACCCUAGAAGCCUACGACGAUGAUUCCAGCGCGUUGCCCGUCAACUAUAACAUGAGCAAGGUCUCCUUCACAUCCUUGGUCGAUCCUGCUAUGUCGCAGACAGAGAUUCCGUCACAGUUAUCCUUGAACGCACGCACCGGCGAACUCAGGACGACAGGAUCUAUGGCUGGAUAUGCAGACGGUUUUAUGGAAAUGAUCGUGUCAGCCAACAACUCGGUGAUACCAGGACGUGAGACUAACAUUACUGUGCGAAUCUUUUUGCUGCGAGAUCGCGACAUGUUGAAAUUUGUAUUUUCCAAACCUCCGGUCGAGGUCAGGAAAACACUUGAGGACUUUGAGAAAGCGGUCCAACAGGCUCUUUCACUACCUAUCAGUGUCAACGUGUAUGAUACGCAAUUUUACUCGAAAGACGACAACUCUCUGGAUUUUUCGUCGACCAGCUCGUGCUUUCAGAUGGUCGGCAAGGAAUCUUACGAUCUGAAUGAGAUGCGAGCGUUGCUGACCGAUCCAAAGAAUCAAGAAUUAAAAAAGGUAUACAAGGCUUAUCAUGUAGAAAAGGUACAGCAUUGCGCCGCUAUAGUGGCGAGAGCCGAUGCCUCCAUGACGCAGAUAUGGGUCUUGGCAAUAGCGGUCCUCGUCGGAAUUGCGACCAUAAUAUCCAGCUGUACGUUGUGCUGUAUGCAUUCGAAAUAUAAGCGGCAAGUGAAACAUGCGCGUUUGCGCGAUCAACCACGACCGCCUCUUAGUUACGUGUCUUCCGGGCCUGCCAUGGUCAGUGCUGGAUCUCAUACGACUUUAGGCCAGGGUACUAUAGUCACUCUAGGUCCCCACGAGGGUCCAUAUGAAUGGGGUGCCGACACGACGCUUUAUCAUCCGAGCACGCUGGGUUCGAGAACAUGAGAGAGACUUAAAUCAGAAAGAUUUAAACUACAUCGACUUUUUCUUUUCCAAGCAAAGUUUUUCAAUUGUCUUUUAGUAAAUCGUUUAUUUAAUAUUCACAAUUAAUUCAACAAUCAAAAUGUUCCUCUGAUGGAAAAUGUUAAUUAAGAUACUCUUAUUA